CUUCUGCAUGACCAUCCUGAUCUACUUCUUGCCACUCCUGGUGAUAGGAUGUGCCUACACUGUGGUCGGCAUCACCCUCUGGGCAAGCGAGAUACCUGGUGACUCCUCCGAUCGCUACCACGAGCAGGUCUCGGCUAAGCGGAAGGUAGUGAAGAUGAUGAUCAUCGUGGUAUGCACUUUCGCACUGUGCUGGCUGCCCUACCACAUCUACUUCACCCUGCAGUAUUUCAACCCUGAGUGGUACCUGCAGAAGUUCAUCCAGCAGGUCUACCUGGCUAUCAUGUGGCUGGCCAUGAGCUCCACCAUGUACAACCCCAUCAUCUACUGCUGCCUCAAUGACAGGUUUCGCGUGGGGUUCAAACACGCGUUUCGGUGGUGCCCGUUCGUCAGCGCCGGCGAGUACGAAGGCCUGGAAAUGAAGUCAGCCAGAUACCUGCAGACACAGAGCAGCAUGUACAAGGUCAGCCGGAUAGAGACCACCGUGUCCUCGGCAGUUGGUGCAGCUGAAGAGGACCUGGAGGAGAGCGGCAAGGCCAGGCGUCUCUCCGUAGACAUGACCUCCAAUGGCUCCUCCCGCAGCGACUCCAAAACAGUCUCUGAAAGUUUCAGCUUCUACUCCAACACGCUCACCUAAGCGGUUCCCCAGCUCCCUCAGCUGCUCACAAAGGUGCCACCAUCCCCUUUCCCUCACUGGGAUGCUCCAGUGCUCAAUGCACCCAGCGUCAUCACCCGGGUUUGUGAUGUGCCGGCUUUUCCCCCUGUGCUGUUUUGCCACCUCUUUGCUGCGCCGCUCGCUGCCCACCCUUGGGUGAGACAGAGAGUAAAAGCUUUGGAUUAGUUUCGUGUGCUCCACCGUGGCUUGUGUCUGAACACAGGGGAGGUUUGGCUCAGCUCCACCUUGCUCGCUGCCUGUCCAA